AUGCCCGGCCCGGCCCACCGCCGUGGAGAGAACCUUCUCAAGGCGAUCGAAGAAUCAAACAAUGACACCAAACUCCUAGCGGCCGUCAAGACCGGAGCCCGGCAUGUGCUAGAGCUCAUUGCGAGGAGUGGCAAGUGGGGACGCUUCGGCGAGGAACCAGAGAUGGCGAACGACAAGCCAGAGCAUCGAGCACUCAUCCGAAAAACCGGUGCUGAGGGGAUUGUCCUGCUCAAGAACGAGAGCAAUGCUCUUCCUAUCUCGACCUCCGUCAAGAAGAUAGCCUGGAUAGGCCCCAACGCAAAUGAGUGCAUUGCUGGAGGCGGUGGAUCUGCAAACUUGAACCCACAUUACCUCACCAACCCCCUCGACUCCAUUCGAGAAGCGGCGAAAGAGCACGGCAUAGAAGUGAAUUACGAGAUUGGCUGUCAGACAGAAAAAUGGGUAAAGACGUUCCCCAUCACCGGAGGUCGAGAGCCCCCAGACACGGGCAACGACAGCCUCGACUUUGCAUCCGCCGUUGGGAUCCGGCUGGGCGUCGACCUCGUCCGCGAUGCACAGGAGCACAUCUCCCGAGCCGCGGCGCUUGCCGGAGAAUCGGACGUGGCGGUGGUGGUGGUCGGCAUGAACAACGAAUGGGAAUCCGAGGGCUACGACAGACAUGGCAUGGAUUUGCCGGGAAAGCAAAACAAGCUGAUCUCCGCCGUCGCGAAGGCCAACCCGCGAACCAUCGUGGUGAACCAAUCCGGGUGCGCGGUGAGCAUGCCGUGGCUGGACGAGGUGCAGGGGCUGCUACAGGUCUGGUACCAAGGACAGGAAGCUGGGAACGCGCUUGCCGACGUGCUUCUCGGGAAGAGGGCACCUGGAGGCAGGCUCCCCAUCAGCUUCCCGAAAAGGGUGGAGGACAAUCCAUCCUGGGGCAACUUUGGUGACUCUGGCGCGGAGAGCGAAGUGCAGUACAGUGAAGGUGUGUUUGUUGGAUACAGACACUACGUCUCCCGCGAGGUCCCCGUACUCUUCCCCUUUGGCUUCGGUCUCUCAUAUACCACCUUCUCCCUCUCCUCACCAAGAUUCGCUGGAGGCAAAAACACCCUCGCACCGGGCGCCACGGCGACCGUCGAAAUGGCCAUCAAGAACACUGGCAAAGUGGCCAGCAGCGAGACAGUGCAGGUCUACAUAUCGCCCAGAGCCGGGUCCCCACCGGUCGGGAGGCCCACCAAGGAACUCAAGGGUUUUGCGAAAGUCGACUUACGGCCGGGGGAGGAGAAAGUUGUAAAGGUUGUGCUGGACGAGUUUGCCGCUGGUUACUUUGAACCGAGUGUGGGAAAGUGGAGGGCCGAGAAGGGAGUCUACGAAGUCAGUGUUGGGAGGAACGUGGAGGAUGUGGUAGGGAAGUUGGAGGUAAUUGUUGAGGAGACGUACGAGUGGAUUUUUUAGCCAGAGUAAGAGGGAGGGGUGUGUAAAUAGUUCUUUUGGCACCCGAUGCCCUGGAGGCAUUGGCAUGUGUGUAUAUGUAUGCGAUAUGUGCAUGCUAGCGGGAAUAGAAAACCCAUGAAGCGGCGAUUCCUUUCUUGGUU